AUGUCUGGACGACCUGGACUGGGGUCUGGGAUCCAGCCUGGUCUUCGCUCUCGGGCCAAGGCCCAUGUAAUGCACGAUCACCAGAGGAAAAGCACCCACAAGCGAGGGUCAGUAUGGAAGGUGACGACGCCAGACACCUUUGGGUUAUUGUCCAAAAAGGAGCCAAAACAGAGUGACUCAGCGGACUUAUCGACAGGCGUAAAAGCUUCAGGAGCCCGAGCGCGGAUGGAGUUAUUGGAACUGACCAUGCGAGGUCAUCAUGCCAUCGUUUCAAGGACCAUGACCAAUGACUUUCACGAAACUGAUAAGCAAGACGCGGCAUGUCGGCACAAGGCUCCCUUGGGACCUACAUCCGGUUUAAAUUUGUCGUCGCUCCUGCAAAGACUCACGAUCGAUACGCAGCCGCGGGGCAGCACUCAAAUGGACAUAUUCCACGCGCUGCCGAUCAUGCUAACUCCUUGGGACGAAACGUUGAUCUCGCGAUGGGUCAAUUACGAUCGUAUCCCCUGGUGUCCCAUCAACGGACAGAGCGAGUGGAUUCCCUUCAUAGUCAAUAACGCCAUGCUGCUGCACACCAACCUGUACUGCUGGGGCAUGCAUUUCCAUGCCAAGCUCACCGAAGCGGAUGCAACGACGUUUUUCAAAGAGAACCCACGGAUUCUGGAGCACAAAGUCACGGCCAUCCAUCUGAUGAAUCGACAUCUCUCCACCACGUCAGCCUGCAACGGUGCGACGGCAGUAGUGGCGACCGACGAAAUCCUAGCCGCAGUCUCCAUCAUGGCCAACAUCGAGCUUGGUUUCCAAAGUCGAGACGAAGCAGCCAGGCACAUGCAAGGACUGGAAACGCUGUUGCACAUGAGAGGAGGCAUGCACUGUCUUUCCGGGGUAGGGAAGGUUGGUGCACUUCUGCAGCGUGUGAUCAGCUGGAACGACAUGCUUUGCGUGGAGCUGUUUGGAGGCACUUUGCGCUUCCCCUCGCAGCUCCCGCUCGGGGAUGGCGGAUAUGGGUAUAUAGCGUCGGAUGACGCUGUUUGCCAUCUCGAGCCGUUACAACCGCGGUUUGCGGGAAACCUACAACGUGAAGUGGAGGGCCUCCUGGGCGAGAUCCACGCCAUAUGCGACGAGACUCAAGCUCGACCCAUGACGACGCUGACUCCAGCGGACAAGUUGGUGCGACAUGAUGUUCUUCUCCGACUGGAACGGCGGUUGUGCAUGGCUACCAGGAUCACUAGUGUUUCUGCUUCCCUUUCUCGGUUGCAACGAACCAACGCCGCCUGUAUCGACGAAAUGUGGCGAGCCGUGGCGUGCGCAGCACUCAUGUACGUCCACCAUCAUGUUCGUGACCAUUCGCUCCAUUGGCCUCAGUUCCCAGCUCUGGUGACACAGUUCCACGGGCACUACUCACUUUCUGUUGCCAACACUCAGCCUGGCGGUGGUAGUGACCAACCCUGGGAUCUUUUGCCAGCGUCCCUGCAUUUAUGGGCUCUGGCCGUGGGCUCGGUGGUAAGCCGGCACGAGACAAGGAUGAUCAAUGCCUUGGCAGACGCUUGUCGUGUCCGAGGAUGCGUGACCUGGGCCGCGUUUUCCAGUAUGCUCGAUCAAUGUCCCAGCUUGGGAGAGCCUGAUACGGUGAAAUUCAAGUCUGUCUGGACAAUGGUGGCGACUGUCUUGGGUAUGUCCUCGUUCUUCGAGGACUGA